AUGGCCUCAGGCAUCGUGGGUGCCGGCGGAGUUUUGGUGCCGCCGGAUGGAUAUAUUGAGGGCAUCCGCGCCCUCUGCGAUAAGUUUCUCGUCCGCGUGGCCUCAGAAAUUGGAGAUGUGACGGAUGUGACCCAGGUCACUAGCGCCAAGGGCCUCACUGGAUCCUUCCUGCCACUGUCCAUGGUCGGAGUCCGGCAAAAGAUCAAGGACUACUUUUGGGAAAAUCCGGUCGGUUGGGGCGCCACCUAUCACGCUCACCCCGUGGCUUUAGCCUGUGCCUAUGAGACGGUGAAGUACAUGCUGAAGGAGCAGAUCGUUGAGAAGGUUCAGAAACUCGAGCCAGUGAUGAUGCAGGAGCUGCAAACGUUGGUGCUGAAACACGACUCGGUGCGGCAAGCACGAAAUGUGGGACUCUUUGGUUGCUUAGAUUUGCAGAACCCCGAGGGCAAGUUUAUCCAACGUUUGGGUGCACCGUUGCCACCCGAAGUGCAGCUGCUGCGGCAGGCUCUUCGGGAUCAGGGCCUUUUGGCGCUCUUCCGACCGACCUUGCUGCAUUGCUGCCCUCCACUGGUGAUCCAGGACGGGGGUGGUGAAGUUACCAGGAUAAUAUGCAACCCUGAAUUGUUGAGGAUUUGGGUUUUGAAUCCUAGUGUACCAUAG